AAGAUGGCCACUGAGGAGCAGAGAGUUGCCAACAGUCCCAGCACUAGCAGGGGAAGUUCUGAUGGAGACCAGCGGGAGAGUGUCCAGCAGGAACCUGAGCGAGAACAAGUACAGCCCAAGAAAAAGGAGGGGAAGAUCUCCAGCAAGACAGCCGUGAAACUGUCAACCAGUACCAAACGAAUUCAGAAGGAGCUUGCAGAAAUCACGCUGGAUCCCCCUCCCAACUGUAGUGCUGGACCCAAAGGAGACAACAUUUAUGAAUGGAGGUCAACUAUAUUGGGACCCUCAGGAUCUGUCUAUGAAGGAGGGGUGUUCUUUCUUGACGUUACCUUUUCACCAGAUUAUCCGUUUAAACCCCCUAAGGUCAUCUUCCGAACGAAAAUCUAUCACUGCAAUAUCAACAGCCAGGGUGUGAUCUGUCUGGACAUCCUCAAGGAUAACUGGAGUCCAGCCCUGACCAUCUCUAAAGUCCUCCUGUCCAUCUGCUCACUACUUACAGACUGCAACCCUGCUGACCCUCUGGUGGGCAGUAUUGCCACACAGUACAUGACCAACAGAGCGGAGCACGACCGGACGGCCAAACGGUGGACCAAGCGGUACGCCAUCUAA